AUUUUUUGGAAGUUAGGCGUGGAGGGAAUCGUGUUCGUCCAGAGAGGGUUGAAUGCGGGCAUCAAUACAGCAAACAUCUUUGCGCACAGCUUAGCGUUAAUCUUCGCGACGCAAAAAUGGUUGACCUGAAGACCCUUGCCGCGGAGUAUGAUGUGAACAAGCAGACGGUAAAAUCCUCGUGCAAGUUCAAGAUCGCGGACAACGCUGGGGUCAAGCUGAAGCUUACAAACCCCGGGAACAAGCUUGGCUUGGAGUUUGAGGGCAAGACCUGGUCAGCUUCCUACGAUGUGAAAACGAAGGAUAUCGAGUAUGAGCGGAAGUGGAAGAGCCAAUCUGGAGAGUUUAAGCUUAAGCAGAAGAUUCCUAAAGGGCAAAUUGAGCUAGUGCCUUCGCCCGAGUUUCAGUGGCGCUCCCACGUGGUGAAGGGCCGCAAGGUCGCCUGGGAGGUGCAGCCCAGCUACUGCUUCCAAACACGCAAAGCCAAGCUGGACCAGACCCUGGAGCUGGGCGGCGGCAAGCACAAGAUCAAACUGGAGAUGGACAGCCGCGCGGGCACCCGCGGGCUGACCGGCACCCUCACCAGCCGGCUGGACGCGGGCUGGGCGCGGCAGCUGAGCGUCAAGUACUCCCCGGCAGCGGGGGCCAGCCUCACGCAUGAGCUGGAGCCCAGCAAGCAGGUGUCGCUGAAGAGCACGGUGGGGCUGCGGGCUCGGGACCUGAAGCUGGUGGCGGAGGUGAAGCCGGGCAAGGUGGCGGGAGUGAAGCCCAAGCUGACCCUGGAGUCUCGGCUCACGGCCAAGGCGCCCCUGCGGCCCUCAGGCAUCAUUGCGGGGCUGAGCUUGGAUUGCUGAGGAGGAGGAGGAGGGUGGAAGAGGGAGGCAGGAAAAAGGAUAAAGGGGUGGAGGUGUUAGGGGGGCAGGAGGUGAUGCAGGAUAGAAGCAGCAAGCGUGGGGAGGUGAAGGAGGAGAUUUGGCAAGAUUAGGAAGACUAGGAAGGAAUACGCCUGGAGAUAUAUGUUUCCCUCCGCAGGGUGGCUUAUGCCUGUGCUUGAUAACUUAUAUGAGCACCUUGUUGCUACAGUUGUGCAAUGCUGCUAAUGGAACAAACUACCAUGUCCUGCACGGAUCAGAAAGCGGCUGGGGGCGGGUGUGUGAGAGAUAGCUGCUGCAGCUGUACAGUGAUGGCCAUCCACUAUAACGCUGGAACGCGGAGACAGCAGCUCAUUUGGUGGUAAGAACUGUGUUGUUGAUGUUGGUGAUGGCACUGUGUUCGUGGUGAUGGUGAGAGGGUCGAUGAAGGAGAGCAGAGCUGGAAAGCCCCUUGUGUGGAUUACACCGCACUGUGUAUGAGGUCGGAGGAGCCACCCAUCCAUCCCAGGGAGGCUUUGUGCUACUGGGAUGGCACAUCGCACGGAGCAC